GGCUAAUGCCGUUGGUCUAAAACACUAUCCCAAUGGCAUUCUACUAGCAAUACCCAAAAACAGUGCAGCUGUUUGAAACGCGAUGUAGAAUGCGCAGUGUGAGGAAUAUUGUGAGCCGAACUUGCUCAAAGCGUGGCCCGCGUGGUUCAGUAUUCCAAUUGAUGACAUGCGGUGGGGUAGCUCAUUUGCUAUGAAUGGACCGGCACAUGGGAACAUUAAUAUGAGGCAGACUUUCGUCUCUUGUGUGGUGGCUGUGAGAGUGUGUGUGUGUAUGUGGUAAACAUUGUAUUAUCAUCACUAUUAAUAAUUAUCACUUGGACACUGCAGGCAUUUCUUCAAUGGGGACAACUCUAGGAAGAAUUCAUUAUCUGAAUCGCGGGUGUAAACACCAAGCAAGUGCAUAUCAAACGAUUACACGGGUUUUCAGACAAAAAUAGCUACCCUUUGGAACUUUAACCCACGGCACUCUGCUAUCUACACGAGUGCUCUACCACUGAGCUAUAUACGUACCAGGGCAACUCAGUAGGCUGGGCCGGGCUCAAUGUCAGUGUUCAAUCGUGGCACUGUCACUUCUUGCGUGACUCUCUUUCACGGUGCAUGGGGUAAUGAUAAAUUGUCUAAGUGGCUCAGUCUAACAUAUGAACAACCGGCACAACCUGACAACUUUUGUCACUGCUUUUCGGCAUAGUACGUCACGUAAUUAGUAGUGCAUUGGUUUAUACAUGUCACUCAGCCCUAAAAGGCUAUCACUGUUUGUCAAGGUUCUGCCGUGCUAUGCGGUGGAGGUGAGAGAGGUAGCAAAGAGUUCUCAAACAAGCCGUCCUCCUCCCCUCUCCAGUCUACUAGACCACACCUCCUCCUCCUCCUCUAGGAGUGAGGAGACGUCUGAAGAGAGGAAGGCUCAAUUUGCUGCCAGAGCAAGGAAAUUCCUGCCGUAUGGGUUUGGUCCGGGGGCCCAGACGGUGAUUUUGGAUGUGGGGAGUGUGGACGAUGACGAGGAAGACUAUGGAGACUAUCAGCUGCUGAGAAGCAGUGGAGGUCAAGAGGUCGAUGCUGCCACUGGUGGUCCAUUCAAGAAGUCCAGUGAGCUACAAGAGUACCGAUAUACAACUCCCUCGGGAAAACGCUAGUUCUCUCUUUCCUAAUCAUAUUCUUUUAUUCAAGAAGAGAUUUAUAUAUUAUUUUCAAUGUCAAAAAUUUUUAUUGCAAUGUUUUAUCUGGCAAAAAUCUUCUUUUGGUGAACUACAUGAUUUAAGACCCCCACCCCCAUACUUUUUAUAUGUUCACUUGAGACAUGGUGUUGGUGACCGCCAUUAUCCAUUGCCAUCACUUGCCUAUGCAAUGCCGUGCAGUAUGUGUGACAAUAUAUUUUCUCGUAACUCUGUGAGUGGUUGUCAAGACUACCCAGUAAUC